AUGAGUAAUGAGGUAGCUCAGCCGACUGAGCAAGAUCCUAGCCGCUCGACUUCGUUGGAAGGCACGAAAGGAAUCAAACCACAUGCGCUCGAUACUUCCAACUUCACUGCAGUUUCCCAACCACCCAGCUCAUCUACACAACAGUCAACCGCUCAAAAUACAUUGACAGAAGAUUCCGAAAACAUUUUCAAUUCAACUACAAACGUCGAUAAGGAUCAAGGAAAAGCCAUCGAGGCAUUGACCGAAUCAUCCAAGAAGAACAGAGACUUGCUUAAAGUUCCUUCAAGAUCGUCUUCCAAUAGAAUACACCCUUCGCCAACUUCUACAGGUCUUAGUGGAGCGACUGCGAGUGAGGGAAGAGAAAGCAUAGGGGGGCGAUCUAAGGAAUCGAAGGGCAGUUUUCUUGGGCGGAGGCGGAAUGGGAGUGCAACAAGCAGCAAGAUGUCGAUAAAAUCACCUGGUCAUCCUACGGGUGCUUCAGGUCCUUCGCAGCCUGCAGUUUCCGACGCACCUGCAGUUCGUCAACCAAAAAAGAAGAAGAGCUUUCUUUCUCUUCUUUGCUGCGGUACUCCGGACCACGCUAAUUCUUUGGAUGCACCUGUUCCUGCCAAUAAAGUAUCGAAAUUCAGUUUGAGCCGCCCUACAACAGCCAAACAACCCGACCCUAGCAGAAUGGGACAACAGAAUAGUGUUCCUGCAGUACCGCAAACCGAGAAGGAACCUUUGCAGCAACCACAACAAGAGCCUCAAGUCGACGCGGAAGAUGUGACGCAUGAGGUGACAAGCCCUCAAGGAAUUACGGAAACCACCGCUUCUUCAUCAGGUGCCAAUGAAGAACCGAGCCGUCCAAUCGGAAACUCACGCGAUCAACCUUUACCGGACUUGCCCACAGUCGUAGAAGCAGAGCCCACACAAGUUGAGACGGCAAAGCCAACAGUAUCUGUUGAUGCUCCAACGCAAUCUGAAACGGCAGGGGAAGUUGUAUCUCCCAGUACCGAUCUGGGACAACAAGAUGGAGGGGAUGAGAAGAUGGCAAAUUUGGAUCCGGGAACUACGGAUAUUGAAGAGGCACCAUUGCCGCUCCCAAAGGAUGAGCCAGUGACGAGCCAGCAAACUCUCCCACCUCCGCCUCCCGUACCUCAGAUUCCAACAUCUGAAGAGGUCAUUCCCUCGGAUUCAAUGGAGCAAAAACAACAAUGGCUUUUACCACCAAUUGCACCAAGAUUCGUAGGGAAAAAAUGUCUGGUUCUUGAUCUUGAUGAGACUUUAGUACAUAGCAGUUUCAAGAUCUUACAUCAAGCAGAUUUCACCAUCCCCGUGGAAAUUGAAGGGCAGUUUCAUAACGUCUACGUGAUCAAGCGACCCGGUGUUGAUCAGUUCAUGAAACGAGUUGGAGAGCUUUACGAGGUUGUUGUCUUCACUGCUUCUGUUUCCAAGUAUGGCGACCCACUCCUGGAUCAACUAGACAUUCAUCACGUUGUCCACCAUAGAUUGUUCCGUGAAAGUUGUUACAACCAUCAAGGAAAUUAUGUCAAGGAUCUUUCUCAGGUCGGCCGCGAUUUACGAGAAACUAUUAUCAUCGACAAUUCUCCAACGUCUUAUAUCUUCCACCCGCAACAUGCUGUUCCUAUCAGCAGUUGGUUCUCAGACGCUCACGACAAUGAGCUUCUAGAUCUAAUUCCAGUUCUAGAGGACUUGGCCGGCUCGCAGGUCCGAGAUGUCAGCUUGGUUCUCGAUGUUGCACUUUAA